AUGGUGGGAGGCAAAUCGAACUCAUGGAAAGUUCCAGAAUCCGGAGAGGAAACAACACUAAACAAUUGGUCAGAGAGAACAAGAUUCAAAAUUGGAGAUUCUCUCUUGUGGAAGUACAAUGCGGAGAAUGAUUCAGUGAUGCAAGUGAAGGCAAAAGAUUACGAGAGAUGCGACAGAUCAGAGCCUAUAAGAGGAUACAAAGAUGGUCACACAAAGAUUGAGCUAAAGAGAUCAGGUCCUUAUUACUUCAUAAGUGGUGAAGAAGGACAUUGUCAAAGAGGAGAGAAGCUUACUGUCGUCGUCUUGUCUCCAAAUCACAACAAAAGCGAUUCGGUGGCUCCUGUAAACGCUCAUGUAAGCGAUGCCGCUGGUCCUGUGAAAGCUUUGGUCACAAACAAGGGAAGUGAUCAUCGUCUGAACAGAGCAUGGAGUUUGGUUGCAACGGCUUGUUCCUUCUUCUUGGUCCAUUUGGCCUUUUGGUUUAGUCUUUGUUACUUUUUUUAG